GAUGAUAUAAACCCAAACAGGACAGGUUCAGCUUACAAUCAGACUAAUACUAUGAGCAAUUUUGACCGAAAAAAGGUUUAAUUUAUGCAACGAAUGCGACAGCGCCUUCCUCAACUAUCAUUGCAGUCGGGAAACAAUAUAAACUCGGACGGUUACUUCAGGUUGAUCACAUGGCAAGUGGCAUCCCACCACGUUCCCAUCAUCCAAAAGGAUCAAAUCGUCAAAUCAAUUCACAGUCGUCCCCUAAACUCACCAAUCCGUCACCCUAGCAUCUCCCCUCCUCCCCCUAAAGAAAACCGAGUCAAACACUCCCAAUCGGAAUACUUUUCGGCAACUCAGAAAAAAUAAUCCAAGCGCCUCACACGGGCUCUUCAGUCUCCCUGAUCCCAACAGAAUAACAAACCCCAAAAAGUUCAACAAAAUCAAAAUCCCCAAAUAUCCCAAACCCUAGACAAAACAACAUCGAGGAGACUGAAAUUUUCUACGACUGAAUCUCUUGGUAAAGAGAAAAAGUGUGGCCGAAUAUGGCGUCGUCGAAAGUAAUGCCAACUUCGAAUUCGAGAAAUCCGGAUCUCUCCCGACGCUCUACUACUUCUUCCUCUACAAAAUCCCAACCUUUCACCGAUCAAAACAACAACAGUUUAAGCUCGACGAUGACGGUCGACGGCAUCCUCCGAAACGUUUACUCAGCCGCGCCCACGACGGAGACGACUCUGGUUGACGCUUCCAUUACUCUAAUGGACACUCCGAUUCCUACUGCCGUUGCCGACAAUUCCGAAGUUUCUCAGGAUCAAACCGUCGCGGAUUGUAAUAAUAAUGUGGCGAAAAGUGUGGACGAGGUUUGGAGGGAAAUAGUGUCUGGCGAGAGGAAAGAGAUUACCAUGAAAGAGGAAGCGUCCGACGAGAUGAUGACGUUGGAGGAUUUCUUGGCGAAGGCUAGUGCAGUGGAGGAAGCGGCGGCCGGAGCAACGGCGGAGGUUAAGGUGCAUCCGGAUAGAUUGAGUGGUGGAGUCUACGCGUUUGAUCCGGUGGGUGGGAGUUCGUUUCAAAUUCUUGAUAAGAUUGAGGGGUCAAUUGUUGGGUUGGGGAACGGGAUGGAAGUGAUUGGAAGUGGAGGAGGUGGAGGCAGGGCGAAGAGAGGAAGAGAGGUUUUGAUGGAGCCGCUAGAUAAGGCGGCGCAGCAGCGGCAGAGGAGGAUGAUUAAGAACAGGGAAUCCGCGGCCCGGUCUAGGGAAAGGAAGCAGGCAUACCAAGUUGAAUUGGAGUCAUUAGCAGUGAAGCUGGAAGAGGAGAACGAGUGGCUGUUGAAAGAAAAGGCUGAGAGGACUAAGGAAAGAUUUAAGCUGCUCGUGGAGAAGGUGGUUCCAGUAGUGGAGCAGCGAAGACCACCUCGUGUGCUCCGUAGAGUUCGUUCUUUGCAAUGGUAGAUAUUAUUUUCUUGAUAUGUGAGUUAGACGGAAAGGAAAACACCUAAUCUGACAUGGAGGAGGAAAGUAGGAGAUAACAUAAAGGGAGGACACCAUUAAAUUUAAUAAAGGGAGGACACCAUUAAAUUUAUCUUCUUUUGAAUAGUUAUUCCAAGCUGGUGACAGUUAUGGUUCUUCAUGUGUAAACAAAGUGAAAAGGAAUUAUAGCCUGAACCAGGGAAGGAAAAUUUCCGUAUUACUGAAUAGAAGAUUUGUGGCCAAGGAAUGUAGAUGGUUUAUAUAGCUAGUGAUUGGUUGUUCCUCCUGCGGCUGAUGUGCAUUUGGGAACAUAGGAUUCUGGAGUGUAUUUAUGUGGUGGCAACUUAAGGCAGCCCCUUGAAAGAAAUAUAGAAAGACAAGUAGUGAUCUGUUUAUAUUAAUUGUAGCUUUGCUUUCUGAUUACAUUGUUGGAAAUUAUGUGCAUGAAUGAAUGAUGCUAGUGUUUGAAAAAGGCUGUAUUUUGAUGCUUCUUCCGUCUUUGCCUCUUUGGGAUGCUUUUUCAAUUCUAAUCGCCGGGCCCUGGGCUAUUUUACACGGAU